GCCAGGACUGAACCCCAGAAGGGACCCUAUCUGGGAGGGAAGCGACACCAAGGACAUUUGUGAAGCUGACUGGUGGAAGGGGGUGCCAUGGCUCCAGGGAAGGCCUGGGCAGUUGCUGGAGGUGUAGGAGCAGCUUCAGUGGUUGCCAUAAUCCUGGCUGUCAGCCUCACCCAGAGUGGUAACUCCCAGCCAGGUUGUGAAAGCUGUCGGCCAGAAGGUGACAUGAUGGACUACCUUCUCAGCACUGGGAACAUCAGCCACAGAGACGGCCUGCUGGUCACCUGGCACCAUGCUGCCAACAGCCGGAGUGAGAUGGAGACAGCCCUGAGCAGCGAUGUCAUGGUACUGGAAGCAGAUGUCAAUGUGGAAGGGCUGAACACAGCCAAUGAGACAGGGAUCCCAAUCAUGGCCCACCCCCCUGCCAUCUACAGUGACAACACCUUGGAACAGUGGCUGGACGCCGUAUUGAACAGAUCCAGAAAAGGCAUCAAAUUAGAUUUCAAGAACAUCAAAGCAGUUGGUCCCUCUUUGGAUCUCUUGAGGAACCAGACAGCAGAAGGGAGAAUCCAGAGGCCCGUGUGGAUCAAUGCCGAUAUCCUAGAUGGCCCCAACGUCCCCAUCCCAGUUGCUGUCAAUGCCACACAGUUCUUGACUCUGGUCCAAGAAAAGUACCCCAAAGCCACCCUGUCUCUGGGCUGGACCACCCUCUACAUCUCCCACCUUCCCAACAGAACCUAUACCCAAGCCAUGAUUGAGAAGAUGCACCAGCUGGUGGCCGCCCUGCCACAGAAGGUGACCUUCCCAGUGAGAGCUGUCAUGGCAAGAGCCGCCUGGCCUCAUUUUAGCUGGCUCCUGAGUCAGUCUGAGAGGUUCAGCCUGACUCUGUGGCAGGGUGCCUCGGACCCCGUGACGAUAGAUGACCUUCUUUACAUACGGAACCACAGUGCCACACACCAAAUCUACUAUGACCUUUUUGAGCCCAUCCUGUCUCAGUUCAAGCAGCUUGUCCAAAAGAAGUCUGGUCCAUCCAGAGGCUGAUCUGGAAAGAGCAAAGGUUGGAGAAGAGUGAGUAUGUUCAGCCCAUCACAAAGCAGGGGGAUUCUCCAGGAAAAUCAGGACAUUACUGAACUUCAGAGCUAGAAGAGACUUCAGUGACAUUGUCUGAUACGUCCCGGCACAAAAACCCCUUUUCCAGAGACCCUGCUGAAGAGUUAACAGUUCAUUCUUUCUCCUUUCUAUAUAUCCUGUAUCUACUUAGUCAUUGACUUGUUUUCUCCCCCAUUAAAGUGUAAGCUCCUUGAGGGCAGGAAUUAUUUUUGCCUCUCCUUGUAGCCCUGGCACUUAGCACAGUGCCUGGCACACAGUGAGCACUUAAUAAAUAUUUUUUGACUGAUUGAGUGACUUUUCUUGAUGUCACUGAUAAUUAGAAAAUUAUUCCUUACAGAAAUCCUAACAACCCUCGAAAAAUACAUUUCCUCCCCUCUCCACCACCACUACCUCUUUGCUUCCAGGUAGAAUGUGGAUUCUACCCUCCAGGACUAAGCAGAACCAGUUUAAUCCCUUUACAAAACUCCAAUUACUUGAACACAGCCAUUCCUGAGUCUUCUCUUCUUCAGACUAAACUUCCCCCAUUUCUUUCUAUUAACCCUUAUUUGGCUCGCUCCCCAGGCCUUUCUUUUUCCAUUUUUCAUUUCAUUUCAUUUUCAGCUGUAAAUCUUCUCCACUUCC